UCCUCCUCGGGGAGCCCCCCUCCCUUCUUCGCCCGGAUCCGGCCGGGCGCCCCGUGCCGUGGUCGGGCUGCGCGGCGGGCGCUCGCGGGCUCUGCGCGAUUGGAAUAUGGUUGGGGAAAUGGAAACCAAGGAGAAGCCGAAGCCGAGCCCCGAUUACCUGAUGCAGCUGAUGAACGACAAGAAGCUGAUGAGCAGCCUCCCCAACUUCUGCGGGAUCUUCAACCACCUCGAGAGGUUGCUGGACGAAGAAAUUAGCAGAGUACGGAAAGACAUGUAUAAUGACACAUUAAAUGGUAGUACGGAGAAGAGAAGUGCAGAAUUACCAGAUGCUGUGGGACCUAUUGUACAGUUACAAGAGAAACUAUAUGUGCCUGUAAAAGAAUAUCCAGAUUUCAAUUUUGUGGGAAGAAUCCUUGGUCCCAGAGGACUAACAGCUAAACAGCUUGAGGCAGAAACAGGAUGCAAGAUAAUGGUCCGAGGAAAGGGCUCAAUGAGGGACAAAAAGAAGAUCUCCUUUAAGAGCAGAGGCAACCUUGAUCCAGCAGUUUUGGAGGUAGAGGAGGAACAAAACAGAGGCAAGCCCAACUGGGAACACCUGAAUGAAGAUUUACAUGUACUAAUCACUGUGGAAGAUGCUCAAAACAGAGCAGAAAUCAAAUUGAAGAGGGCUGUUGAAGAAGUGAAAAAAUUAUUGGUACCUGCAGCAGAGGGAGAAGACAGCCUUAAAAAGAUGCAGCUAAUGGAACUUGCAAUUCUGAAUGGCACUUACAGAGACGCCAACAUCAAAUCACCAGCCCUUGCCUUUUCUCUUGCAGCGACAGCCCAGGCUCCAAGGAUUAUUACUGGGCCUGCGCCUGUUCUCCCCCCAGCUGCCCUGCGUACUCCUACGCCAGCUGGCCCUACCAUAAUGCCUUUGAUCAGACAGAUACAGACCGCUGUCAUGCCAAACGGAACUCCUCAUCCAACUGCUGCAAUAGUUCCUCCAGGACCUGAAGCUGGUUUAAUUUACACACCCUAUGAGUAUCCCUAUACACUGGCACCAGCGACAUCAAUUCUUGAGUAUCCUAUUGAACCUAGUGGCGUAUUAGGUGCGGUGGCUACUAAAGUUCGAAGGCACGAUAUGCGUGUCCAUCCUUACCAAAGGAUUGUGACCGCAGACCGAGCCGCCACCGGCAACUAACCUAUGACCUUCUGACCUCUGAACUCUUCACCCAAUGAUGACCUGACCAUGCCUGCCUGCUGAUCAGUUAACUGGUAAUCGCCUUUGCUUGCCUGUCUUCAGUGCAGCGAGCUGAGGCACUUGUCCGUUCGUCUUACCAUCUAACAAAAAAGACAAAGAAAUUAAUUGUCCUCCAACUCAGCUUUUUUUUCCUGUUUGGGUGAAAGUGGUUCUAGAACCUGCACUGAAUAGUAGUAAAGCAAUAAGGUCCAAUUCAUCCCUCAGCACUGAUCAUCCUUUAGUGUCCCACCCUAAACGAACGGUAAGAAGGCCUCACUUAAGUGAUGGAGACAGAUGUCCCUUAACUACCCGAUGACAGAGGCAGUUACUGUGAGCGACUUCUAGGAAUCUUUUUCUUCUCAUAAUGAAGUCAAAGCUCUCUUUGAAUGUACUGUGUGAUGAUGCAUCAUGCAUGAACCUUUGGUCAGGGAUGUCAUUGGUGAAGGGAUUCCAAAAAGUAUUCAAAAUUUGACUUGCUGUUUAGUCACUACCAGUGCCCUCAAAGGGCAAAAGUUGCAGCCUUUUUUCUAUUGCCUGCCAAAUUGGAUGUUUUAAAAGAACGUGUGCCAUGAAAGAUAGAUUUCAGUGAAUUUUCAGAACUAUGUUAAUGCAAAGAACAAAACAGCAACACUAUGAAAGCAAAAUCUGAGUUAUGAUUACUUUAACCAUAUUUAAACUUCCUUAAAAGAUUACAUGAGAACAAGGUACAUGCAUUAUGUGUCACAUUACUGGGCAAACUGUUCAAAUAUUUUUUUUAAACCUCCCUGUAUAGAAAAAUUUCAUUAAGGAUGUAAAAGCCAUGCUUGCCUAUUUGCUGUAUACAUGUAAUGAAAUUGUAGAUAAAGUGUAGUGCAUUGAAACAAAAUGAACAAAAAAGUAGAUACUUUUACUAUACAAGGGUGCUGGUGCAGAAAAAAUAUAUUUUUGGAAAUGUAGCAUUUUAUACUUUCAAGUGUUAUAAAAAAAAGAAAAAAGAACAAAGAAACAACCCUUUAUUUCAUUAAAUGAUUUUUUCUGGUGGUUGUCAAGAAACAAAAGACCAAAAGAGCCUUUUUGUCUUUCUUUUUUAUUUUUUAAGUAUUGGAAUAAGUCUAAAGAAAAGGAAGUGCCUUAUUUUCUUCAUGGUCAUUUAGUCAAAUGUCUCGUAUAAUCAGCUCCUCCCUCAGACAACAAGUUAACGCAUGCCACUUAAUCGCCCAGUAUGUGAAAAGAAGCUGGGAAAGGAAGACAAAUGAGUUGACCAUUUGAAAUACCUGAUUUUUGCCAUAGUAGCAUGAUGCAACUUUGCCAAAUUUUAUAAUGUGAAACGUUUGAUAAUUUUUCUAUCAAAUGCUGGCCCUCAUUAGUCUUGCAACAUUUUCACCAUCUCAAACCAUAGUUAACGUAUUUUGUUUCAUGUACUUGCUCAAUCUAAACCAAAGGGUUCUGACUCAUUCUAAAUCAGAGCAUUAGCUAACAAAUGUUUAUAGGGCAGCAAAUGCUCCAUUAUGUUCAGGGGAUGGUGUGGAGUUGUCUUGAUUUGAAAUAUUGACAAGUAUAGCAGACCUUGUACUUGUCCACAGAAUAAAGUUUGGUGAAUAAUGAAAUUGAACAUGUUUAACUAAUUUUAAGUCUGACCUAAGAAUGUCUCAGUAUUUUGUAAGCAGCUCCCAUAGUGUCAAAUAGUAUAUAAGAUAUUCAUUUCUCAUCAGCCCCUGGUUGAUUAAUAUUGAUUGUUUAUUGCUUUUUAUUCAAAAGAAAAGCAGGAAAGACUCAUUAACUAACUAUUUAAAAAUUCAUCUAUAAUUCAGUAUUAUCUUUUAGCACCACAUGAAAUUCAUGUAGUUAGACCAGCAUAACAGCUGAGAAGCUUUUUUGAAUAGUGUUGAAUUCUGAAAAUAUUGAGCAAGUAUCAGUUUGCUAAUGGCUCAGUAUUAGACUUGGCAAAUAUCAGGUGAUAAUUAAUUUCCCCUGUUGUCAACUUAUUCUCCUCCUGAAAACCUUCAUAGCUUCCAAAUCAAAGGUCAAUAGUAAUUUAAGAAAGAGGGUUUACAGUUUAAGCACCUGUAUGGUGACCUCAUUUAACACCUUGUCUCACCUGGAAACAAUUAACAGUUUAUUUACUAUGCAAUAGACAUUCAUCCUUUUGUAUUCAGCUAGCUUUUGUUUAUCGUGCCACCAGCUUUGUCUUCCUGUUACACAUACAGUUGUUUUGACUUAAUUUACAGUAUAUAUGCUGUGCCAUUUUGAUUUUUGUUUGUUUGGUUGAAUAAACCUGCGACACUCAAACAUUUGAGAAGAGAUUUGCUAAAACAAUACCAGUAUUUGAUCCAGAUUCAUCUCAACUAUGAUAAACCUGGACAUUUUUUGUGACAUGUAAUAGUAAUGUUUGCUCUGAAUGAACAAACUUUUGAAAACAUAGUUGACAAAAUUUUGGAUCAACUUAAAAAAAAGCAUGACUUUUGAAAUCUCUGAAUGCCUUGGUUCUCAGUAUUACAAUUCUUUAUUGAAUUUUUCUUUAUUAAAAUAUGUAGUUUUAAGACUUCUUUCUGACAGUAUUAUGUAAUUUUUUUAGAGUGGGUAGAUGGGAGUGUCGCUUGUAUGUAACAGUACAGAUGACAUGUAUUUGUCUAUUCUUUAUUAUCUUAGUAGUUUCAUGCUGUGUAUGUAUCAUAACCAACCUAUUGCCUAUGAGAAACAUGUAAGAUAAUGUAUUUACAGCCAUUGUUACAAGUUUAUAAUGUAUUUUUCUAUCUUGUUUUAUAUGUAUGUUAUAUAAAACAUUCAAUUUUUUUCCUGAUUGAGAAAAAAAGGAUACAAAAAUGCAAAACCCACAAUUUUGAUAACUGAAAAUUGCCAAUUGUUUUGCAGUACUUUAUUAUAUUGGGAGUGUUGUCUUUCUUGGGCUUUUAGUUAGCUACUGGAUGAAUACAUUAGACAUAUUUGGGUUUUAGUUGGGUUUUUACAUAGCUUGCAUUUUAAUUCUUUGGUUCUUUGCUGUUUCUAUUAACCCAUAGCAUUAUUUUAAUAAAUGUUAUAAUACCAACCUAC